AUGGGCCUCUUUCCGGACUCCGUCGAGGAAAAAUACUUGGAUGUGUUCAUGGCCAUCGCCGACGGCUUUGUUCGUGAGGUUGACCCGGCGGUGAUUCGUGAUUACGUCGACAAGGACUUCCCCCAGGAGAGAAUCGAUGAGUACGUUGCCAAAGUAGGGCGCCCUUCGAAAAUGGAGGGUUUCCGUGAGCUCAUCAAGGACGCUAUUCUGAGCAACACCUCGGAGUCGGUGCGUCUCUUUGGCAUCUUGAUGAAUGCCUUGGACCUGAGGAUCUUGGCUCCCGUGAUCACAGGCUCCACCACCUUGGUGAGGGACAUGACCGAUGAGCAAAAAGAGAACAUGCUUAGAUCCUGGAGAGACUCGCCUAUCCAGGCCAAACAGAGAAUCUUUCGUCUUUUGUUCAACUUGACCGUGUCGACCUACCAGAGAGUGGCACCUAAAAUCCACAAGGAGGCCUUGGACGUUCCCGAUACAGAUGUUCGUGAAGUGUUGUACGAGGGCCACAAGCCUGACGAGUUCAGGUACACGAUGAUGGAUCCGCCAAAGUCUGAUAACGUCGAGCUCUACUUGCCCAACAUCGACGCUGUGAUCAUUGGCUCCGGUUCCGGCGCCGGUGUCACCGCUCACACCUUGGCUGAAAGUGGCUUGAAGGUGCUUGUUCUUGAAAAGGGCAAGUACUACCAUCCAUCUGAGUUCAACUUCAACGAAAUAACGGGUUGGAACGCUCUUUACGAGGGAGGUGGCCAGGUCCCCACGAGAAACUCGCAGACGAUAGUUCUAGCUGGCUCGACCUUUGGAGGUGGCUCGACAGUCAACUGGUCUGCGUGUUUGAAGACCCCUUUCAAGGUCAGAAAAGAAUGGUACGAUGACUUCGGUGUGGACUGGUUCGCCACCGACGUCUACGACAGCGACAUGGAGUACCUGCUCAAGCAAAUGGGGGCCUCUACAGAACAUAUUACACAUUCCUUCUCCAACCAGACGCUUCUUGAUGGUUGUGAAAAGCUCGGCUACCCAGUCAAGGAGGUGCCUCAAAACAACGGUAAUCAUACCAACCAUUCUUGUGGAAUGUGUCACUUGGGGUGCAAGUGGGGAGUCAAGCAAGGCUCCAUGGUUAACUGGUUGCGUUCGGCUUCAGAAAAUGGCGCUCAGUUUAUGGACCAAGUCAGCGUAGAACGUUUGGUUCGCAACAAGAAUAAUAUCACCACCCAUAUAGAGUGUGUGGACUUGAGAACAGGUAACAAAUUCACGAUCAAGGGCCCCAGACGAUUCAUACUUGCUUGCGGCUCCUUGCAUUCUCCAGUGCUUCUUCAAAAAUCGGGCUUCCGCAACAAGCAUAUUGGAAAGAACCUCAAGUUGCACCCUAUCUCCGCCGUGACUGGUGUCUUUGACUUAAAGACUAAUCCUCACUACAACUCCAUCAUGACAACGGUGUGCACCAAGGUGGAUGAUCUCGAUGGUAAGGCUCACGGUGCCAAAAUAGAGACACUUUUGCACACUCCUAUGCUUGAGGCUGUGUUUAAACCAUGGGAAUCUUCCAACCAGUUACGUCAGGACUUGUUGAAGUACCAGGGUGCUGCUUGCUUCAUUUUGUUAACCAGAGACACAUCCCUGGGCUAUGUCACCUACGAUAAGAAAAAGCCUGAAAAAGUCGUAAUUGAAUAUGACAUCAACAAGUUUGACCGUAAUGCUAUUUUGCAGGCUAUCCUUGUCACUGCCGACGUUAUCUACAUCCAGGGUGGUAAGGAGAUCAUCCACCCAUCAUGGCAAGUAAAGAGAUUUAUCAGUCACAAGCCAAAGGAGCAGCGUAGCAUUCACGACGCUGACUACCAGGCAUGGCGCAAGAUUGCAGCAGAGACACCGUUGUCCAACUACGGUGCCACAUACGGUUCUGCCCACCAGAUGUCCACCUGUCGUAUGAGCGGCAAGGGUCCCAAGUACGGUGUGUGUGACCCUAGAGGACGUACAUUUGAGAGUGACAACGUUUACAUCACUGACGCAAGUGUCUUGCCCACCGCUUCCGGUUCCAACCCUAUGAUAUCUACCAUGGCCUGUGCCAGACACAUUGCCAACGGUAUUGUUGACGAGUUCAAGCCCGCACCUAAGUUGUAA